AUGGAGGGCGACCAAGAGCUGUUGGAGAAGUCCAUCCCCGCUGCCGCCUUCAUCGAAGAUGUGGAGGCCUUCAUGAAGAAUGAGGAGAGUGCCGAGGCUGCGCUCAAGCGAACGCAGGCCAACUACAGCAAUUACAAAAUGCUGGAGAUGAAGCUGCAGCAGAACAAGAUGACUCUCAAGACCAAGCUCCCCGAUAUUGAGAAGGCCCUCGAGAUGGUCAAGUACCUCGCCUCCAAGAAGGACUCGGAGGUGUCGACCCACUUCGAGGUCAACGAGGGCCUGUUCGCCCGCUCCACCCUCACCGAUGUCAACACCGCCUGCCUCUGGCUCGGCGCCAACGUGAUGGUGGAGUACACAUUCGAGGAGGCCAUCGCGCUGCUGACGAAGAACGUGGACAACUGCCGAGCGAACCUGCGCACCAUCGAGAAGGACCUGGACUUCAUCAAGGACCAGAUCACGACCACCGAGGUCAACAUCGCCCGCAUCUUCAACUUUGACGUCAAGCAACGGAGGGCUGCCCGUGGCAUGUAG